GCAUAAAGCCGUGGUACUCUGUUACUAAACUAACGCAUGCUUAUCCUCAAAGGAAACCAGAAUACCAAGAGAUUUAAAUCGAACUAAAAACAAUGCAGGAAAGAUGUAAAGUGGUUUCUUGAGGCGUUAUAUUGGAGUCGUGAAGUUUGUUUUGGUUGACAAGGAUUGCGCGCCAACAAGGCUCGGGCGAAAUUUUAACUUUACAGAACUACCAUGAGCUUAGUUUUCAUUUAAGGCGAACAUUUGAAAGUGAUUCGCUCAACGCAUCUUGUGUUUUUAUGCAGCGGACACCAGAUGAGAGCCCAUAGCCGGGAGUGAGCACGACCCAGCAGGCAAAGAUGUCAGCCAGCAAAAGGCGCUCCUCUGUGGGGUUUGCCCUCUCUCCCACGAAGCGUCGAAGCAACCAGGCCAGCUCUGACACGCCUCACUCACGGCGACAUUCCAUCAUGGAUUCUAUUGGUUCGGACAAUGUUUUUAUGGAUGUGCCUGCGAAUAACGAUGAGCAGGAGAAGAAAGAGCGGCAGUUGAGCCGACUGCAACAGCAGAUGCAGUCAAGGAACUUCUCGUCCCCCUCUGCAACCCCAGGAGAUAGAAGAAAGUCUUUAAGCUCUGUAGCUGGCCUUACCAACCAACAGUUGUCAGAGCAUUACUCAAAAUGCAUUCAGCUGUCUGCAGAGAAUAAAAUCAGCAUGAAAAAUGCAUUCAAUUUGCAACUCAUAGACUACAUGUCAGAAAUGCUUCGAAGAAAAGACUCUGAUAUGAAUAAUUUCCAGGUUGCCAGUUGCACACUGGAUGCUAGCACUAAGAUCUAUGCAUAUCGUGUAGAUAGCAUCCACACUGACACCCUGAAGAUGGCAGGUGGGCUAGGAAGAACUCAAGACAAGGAAAAGAACAGAGAGGAUGAGGAGGAUGCUGCAGGUGAAGAAGGACUAGACGGUGAAAAGAAGAAAAGAAAGAUCAAAAAGAAAGCUGUAAUAGAAACUAAUAUAAAAAACCUUAAUGUAACCCAGUUUGACCUUGAAUUUGAGGUGGAUCCUCUUUUCAAAAAGACUUCUGCACAGUUUGAUGAGGGUCGAUCAGGUAGUGGGCAGUUCCUCAGCACGCUCCAGUUACUGGAUGAUUCAUGCCAGAUGGUCCUUGAUUCUGAAACCAUCCUCAUGGAUAUGCUCAGAGACAAGGUUCCUACAAAGACUGAGUUUGUUUUAAUACCGAAGCCUGAAGAUCUUAGCCAAAGGUUAAUUUGUCCAACAUUUGCACCUUUUGAGUUUACAUCAUGGAAAAAGUUUGAUGAAGAUUCUUUCUGUGAUGUUUCAAGACUAAAGGAUAAAGAGGAAGAAGAAGACCAAGAUGCCCAUCGUUUUGAUGUGAAUGCUGUGCCAGAACCUCUUGAUGAUGACCCAUAUUUUGAUGCAGAUGAUGAAGGAAUAGAUCACAUAAAUGGAGCUGAUGAUGACGACAAUGGCACUGUUAUGACCAUUGGGCAGGAGGGCUGUCAGCGUGCUCCACCUCCCCUUAUGGAAGCUGUUCAUUUGAAGGAGCAUCUGGCAACCAAUCCAUCUGAGUACUCUUACUUUGAUAGCCGUGUCAUGUCUGCUUGGGCAGGACCUGGCCACUGGAGAAUAAAAGCACUAUCCAAAGUGAGAAGUAUGAAAUCUCAGUCAGAAGACGGUAAGAAGAAGAAGAAGGAAUUUGUCAGCCUUGUCUAUGAAGAGCAGGAGGACCCCGAAAUUACAAAGCUCUUUGCUGUGACCCGCAAAGCCACAAAGUUAACUCAGACAACAUUCAAGCUGUGGAGCAGAGAUAAGACCACACUACCAGUGGACCUCCACUAUGAUGGAAGGAAUUUCACUAAGCUUUUUGGACGUCCUGCAAUCAUCAUAAGGAGACAGCAGAAAGCAGCAGAGGUUGACGACAGUGUGCAGGAAUAUGACUAUGAUAACCAGAAUGAUAGAGACAACUACUGUGCAGAUAUGGAUGAUGGUGCUAGUGGUUAUGGGGAUCACACAGUAGGUUAUGAUUUAACAGAAAUCUUCAGCCAGACUGUGAUGGGCUCACAGCCAGCUGCAGGAGAGGAUCCAGACAACAAAGGAAUGCAUUUCCUUGAUAACCUAGUAGCUGCACCCAACAGGGUUGCAAAGAUCAACAUUGGUUAUGCUCGGACAGCAAAGAAGGUUGACAUGAAGAAACUGAAAUCAACCUUAUGGAACCUGCUUGCAGA